AUGGAAAUGAUGGAAACGUUUAGCGUCGUCAGGGAGAUGUUCUACCUGAUCCUCACAGUCACAGGUGUUCCCGUUAAUGUAGUGGCGAUUGUGAUCCUGUCCCGGGGGAAAUGCGGCCUCUCCAUCUGCACCACUCGCUACCUUUUGUCCAUGGCAGUGUCCGAUCUACUUGUCAUUAUCUUCGAGGUUAUGCUAUGGCGGCUGAACUAUUAUUAUUUUCCAACAUCUUUCCUGGACUUAACCCGUGUGUGCAGCGCCGCUCUCGUCCUGAGACACGCGUCUUUUGACUGUUCUGUAUGGUUCACUGUCGUUUUCACGUUUGAUCGAUUCGUCCUCAUUUGUUGUCAGAAACUGAAAAUAAAAUAUUGUACCGAGAGAACCGCGGCAGUGGUUCUCGCCACGACAUGUGUCCCGCUCUGUUUAAAGAACGUUCCCUUCUACUUCUCUCGUGAACCUGACAAAAUAAUCAACAGCGUGCCGUGGGGCUGCAGUUAUAAGGCGAGUUAUUUCACUGAUCCCGGAUGGGUGGGUUUUGACUGGUUUGAUAAGAUGUUGACGCCGAUGGUCCCGUUCUAUUUGGUUCUACUCUUCAACAUUCUGACAGUCAGAGACAUUCUGGUGGCCAGUCGAGUUCGACAGGCGCUGAGAGGUAAGGCCACAGGAGAGAAUCGCCCGGACCCGGAAGUGGAGAGCAGACGGAAGUCGGUGGUUUUACUCUUUACCAUUUCCGGCUGCUUCAUAGUCCUAUGGACGCCGGUUGUUAUCAAUUUCUUUUAUCGUCACAUUGCCAGCAAAGCUCCCAAUGAUUACAACAAUGCUGCAUAUAUAUUUAAACAUGUUGCCUAUAUGCUGCGGAACUUAAGUUGCUGUACUAAUACUUUUAUUUAUGGGGUGACUCAGUCCAAGUUUCGAGAGGAGCUAAAGCACGCGGCGAAAUAUCCCGUCACGAAGGUUAUUCAACUGAUCAACAAACACAACAACUGA